AUGACCGAAGAAGAAGAAGAGGAGGAGGAGGAAUCGCCUUCACCACCGCCGCCUCCUCCAAAGAAGCGGAAAGGCCGUCGACCGCGCACCCGCGGCAAAAAGGCCCGCUACACCUUCGACGAACUCGCCUCCGACUCGGACGACCCCGCCCUCGAAGCGGAGCGAAAGUUUGACGUCGCGGAGAAGCUCGCCUCGGAGCGCUUUUCCCCAGCUCAAUAUCAGCCGGUGACCGAGUUGACGGGGGCGGACAUAACGCUGGAGUACUUUCAGCGCAAUGGUUUCGAGGCGCCCAUUCUGGUGCGGGAAAAUCUGAACAACGCCCUGGCGAUGAAGAUCCCUCCACCGAGUUUCACCGUGGAGGACGUGAUGGCGCACGUCGGCCCUCGGCGGGUCCUGGACGUCAUGGACGUGCGGACGCAGCUCGCCGAGACGAUGUCCAUGAAGCAGUGGGUGGGCUACUACAACAGUCCCGAGCCGAGGGAGAAGCUGCUGAAUGUGAUCAGCCUGGAGUUUAGCCACACGAAGCUGGAGCAGUACGUGGACUCGCCGCGGAUUGUCAAGCAACUCGACUGGGUGGACCUGGUCUGGCCGAGGCACCUGAAGAAGGCGCAGCGGGAGGGGACCAAUGCCAUUCAGCAGAUGAAGUACCCCAAGGUGCAGAAGUACUGUCUCAUGUCCGUCAAGGGCUGCUACACCGACUUUCACAUUGACUUUGGGGGCACCUCCGUUUGGUAUCACAUUCUCCGCGGAGGGAAGGUCUUCUGGCUGAUCCCGCCCACGGAGAAGAACAUGCGCCUCUACGAGCAGUGGACGUUGAGCGGAAAGCAGUCGGACAUCUUUUUUGGCGACACAGUGGAACAGUGUGCUCGUGUCCACCUGGAGGCGGGAAAUACCUUUCUGAUUCCGACGGGUUGGAUUCACGCUGUGUGGACGGAGGAGGACUCGCUGGUCUUUGGCGGGAACUUUCUCCACUCCUACGGAAUUGAGGGGCAGCUGAGGGUGGCCGCGGUGGAGGAUGCGACGAAGGUGCCGGCCAAGUUUCGCUACCCCUUCUACACGGAGGUGCUGUGGUACGUGCUGGUCCGCUAUGUUCACUGUCUAACCGGGAGGAACUACCUGACGAAGGAGGAUACGACCAAGGAAGAAGAACCCUCUUCCAGCUCCCACGUUCACCUGACCCGUUACGAGUUGGGCGGCCUGCGAGCUGCCGUGGCCCACCUGAGCUCGCUGCCGCCCUCCAAGCGAGCCAUUCCCGAGCUGGUCAUUGCGCCGGAGAAGCUGCUCGCGGAGCAACAGUUUACACCUCCAAAUUCUUCUGCAACGCCAACCAAUCCCGGAAACUAUAGUGGCCCAUCGGCGGCGGCCAAGGCGGCGAAUGACGCCUCGCGGCGACGGCGAACGCGCUGCAAAAAGUGCGACUCGUGUCUGCGGGCCGACUGCGGCGACUGUCACUUCUGCAAGGACAUGAAGAAGUUUGGAGGGCCAGGUCGGAUGAAGCAGUCGUGCAUCGCCCGGCAGUGCCUCGCCCCGGUCCUCCCGCACACCGCCUGUUGCGUCAUUUGCGGCCGCGAUGGCUGGGAGAAGUUGGCGAUUGACCCGGCGCUGGCCGAUGAAGCGAGCUCCUCGCUGAUGGAGUGCUCCCAGUGCUGGGAGAUUGUCCACCCCUUCUGCCUCAAUGAACGCCACCCGGAGGUGACGGCGCACAAUCGAGGUCUGCUCAAUAAGGAGCUGCCCAACUCGUGGGAGUGUCCAAAGUGCGUCAAGUCGGGCAAUGUCUCCAAAGGUCCUGGAGUGGGAGGGCCGCCUGGUGCUGCCAUUUCAUCUCCAGGUAGUGGUCAUCAGCAAAGUCCGCAGAGUUCUUCAACUGCUGCUGCUUCAGGUCACAAGACUCCGACGCCUUCUGCCUCGAUGCAUCAACAGCAGCAGCAACAUGGUCAUGGUCAUG